CUUGAACCCAAUCAAAUAGGGACGGGCCGGGUCAUAUUCUUGAACCCGUUUCAUGUACAGCGAAGGAAGCGAAGGUUCCCACUACCACCUUUGCUGAUAGUCACGAUGUCCGUCACCUUCACUUCGUCACCGACAUUUCCCUAAGCUUUCUCCGACUCACGGACUCGUAGAUCGAGCGAGUUCUGCUGGACAUCUUGAGAGCAAAGUUUGGCAGGUGGGUGAAACGCGGUAACGUUAGCGUUGGUGGAGACCCAACCCUUAGGGACGUUCUCCUCGGCGUCUUCAUUUCGUCGUCAACAGCUGUAGAGUAAAUAGCAGUAGUAGUAGGAUCUGUGUAAGAUGCUGCUUCGAAGAAUUGUUGCUGCAUGUACACAGUCAAGGCGCAUGUUCAGCUCCUCUGUAAACCAUAGCUAUGAAAGUGCUAUUCAGGAACUCAACAAGCUUAUUUUAUUUCAGGAAAUGGAAUCGGUAUUUGGUGAUCCUCCUGCAAAUGGACUCGCUAGCUCUGCAAACAAUUUGAACAAUGAAGCCCAACUGCCAGCUCCAAACAUUAGUGACAGUUCUUUUCAAUUGACUCAUACUAGUAAAUCGGGGGAAGCUCAAAUGGUAGACGUGUCUCCAAAAGAAAGUAGUAAAAGAAAUGCCACUGCUGUAUGCAAGGUAAUUCUUGGGAAGAAGGUGUUUGACUUAGUCGUGGCCAAUCAAAUGGUGAAAGGAGAUGUGCUUACCGUGGCAAAAAUUGCCGGCAUAACUGCAGCAAAGCAAACUAGCAAUCUUAUCCCUUUGUGCCAUAACAUAAACCUUUCACAUGUGCAAGUGGAUUUGAGAUUAAAUCACGAGGACUUCAGUGUAACAAUAGAAGGGGAAGCUGCAUCAACAGGUAAAACCGGGGUUGAGAUGGAAGCGAUGACGGCUGUGUCUAUUGCGGGCUUAACAGUGUAUGAUAUGUGUAAGGCUGCUUCAAAAGAUAUAGCUAUUACAGAUAUAAGACUUAAGCAUAAAUCUGGUGGAAAAAGUGGAGAGUACUGGUGGACAUAAUGAUGGUUUAAUUUCCAUUGCAAACAAUACGAAAAUGCUAUUAUUCUUCAUAUACUUUUCUUCACCAGCAUAAACUCUAUACAUGGCUUCCUAGUUAUGGGAGGCAUGAAUGUU